CCGCCCCCUCUCACCUGGGACGUCUCCCUUUCCUCGCUGCGUCCCAGGCCCGCUUGUGCCUGUAGCGCUAGAUCGCGCAGCCUGACAGACAAGCGCAUCCAGCUCGCCGCAAGCCUGGCGCUUCCGGAGGCCUCGCUCUCGCCUCCGCCGGCAUCGCGCACCGCGCCGCGACGCCCAACCUCUUCAGUCGGCGCGCGCAUUCCUGCCUCCCGACGACGAGCUGCCAGGACAUCCAGGCAUCCACCAGCAGCCCGUCGCACGCCCGCUCCGACCAGCUGCGGCUUCCAGACCCCUGAGCGGCCGUGCACAGCUCGCCGGCGCCCGGACCGCGCCAGACACCGCCGCCUUCUCUCACUUGCCGCGAUGCGCACCGUCAGCCUUGCCCGCGCUCCCGCGCAGGGCAACGCCGAUGCCGACUCCAGCUACUCCGGACGCGGCGCCAGCCGGGUCAAGGUCUCGCCGUCGGACGCGCCCGCCGUCGCCUCCAGCUCCCGGGCCGCAGCCGCCGCACCUCAGCGCACCCCAAGUCCGGCCAACACCGGCUAUGGCGCCGAUGGCACGCCGACGUACUCUCGCGGCGGUGCCUUUCCCUUUGGGGCCAUGCGCCGCAGCUGCAACUGGUGCCACUCGCGCAAGACUCGCUGCCUGCGCUCGCGCGACGACCCACACAUCCCGUGCGAUGGCUGUGUGAGGCGCGGCGCGCCCGACGACUGCGUCACCGACAGCGUCGGCGGCGGCGAGAGCAUCGUCGCCGGCAGCGGCAAGAUCGUGCACAAGAAGACGCGCAAGGUCCCUUCGCCUGCUGCAGCGGCGCCGGAGCCCGAGCUCACGACGAGGAAGCGCAGCCGUCCUUCGCGCGAGGCUGCGUCGACGUCGGCGGCGGCUCAAGAGAGCGCUACGGCGGCUGCGGCGGCUGCGCCCGUCUCGGUGGCGCGUGGACGCGGACGCGGUCGCGGCGGACGCGGAGGACGCGGCGGGCGUGGCCGUGGGCGCGGCGGGCGCCGCACGCAGCAGGGCCGCUCAGCCACCUCGACGACGCCCGACGCGGACGAGUCCGGCUCCGAAGCCGACUCUGACGCCGACUCUGCACCGGCGCCGCAGCGUCCUCGCAUCAGCUCCAUCAGCGGCCGUCUGCGUCGCGGACCGGCACUCUCACCGCAGCUCAUGGUGGCGCAGCCUGAGAAAGUCCGCAAGCCUCGCGCCUCAGCGCCGGAGGCUCGCGAGGCCCAGCCGCGCGCCGAGCCGGCGUAUGCGCAGCAGCUCGAGGACGCCGCCGAGCCGACGAUGAACCGCAUCUCUCGCAUCCGCAUCGCGCCGCGCGGCAGACAGACGGAGGGCUCUGUCUCGGCGACAUCGUCGAGCGUCGACAAUCCCUUCGUCCCUGUGCAAGCGCCGCUCGCAGCGCCCGUCGUCGACGAGGCAUCGGACGUGGCCGGCGGACGCUUCCGCCGCACGAGAAUCAACCUCAGCAAUGGCUCGAGUACGCGCGGCGGCGGCGAGCCGUCAAACAUGUCGCCGCCCACGGUGGCUGCCUCCGCCUCCGCCAGACCGGCUACGGAGCAGGCCACUUUGGCAGCACAGCGCCGCCGUGUGAGCGAUGUGCGAGCCUCGAGUGGCGCGCGCAAUGGCGGCGCCGUGGUGGCGGCACGCAGCGCGCCUGCGAAUGCCGGUGAUGUGCUCUCUGUCGAGGGCCUCUCGGUCUCCACGCUGCUGCAGCUUAGCCACCAGAUCGCAAACGAGCUGGCUGUGCGUGCAGGUGGCGCACGCGUCGCUGCACCGCUGCCGAUCGCCAGCUCUGCUUCGCCGGCUUCAGUGCGAGCCCGUUCGCCUGCAGCGUCUGCAUCCGUGCCGGCAGUGCUGCCGGCCGCUCUGCCGUGGCCUGCUCAUUCGGUCGGCGAAGGCAUCACGCGGCCCGAAGAUUUGCUGCCCUACCACCUCGCCAUGUCGCUCGUCGAGCUGUGGGAGACGGUGUUCUAUCCGCUGCUGCCGCUUUCGCGCCUGACCCGGCGGCGCAUCAGCGAGGCGCUCGGCCGCGCACACGGCCGCCCCGAUGCAGCGCCAGCCAUGACGGCGGGCCCGCCGCUCGAGCUCGUGGCCUGCCUCUUGCUGGCGCUGCACGCCUCACAGCUCUCGUCGGCGCUGCCGGCGCAGCGCAAGCUGGCUAUUGGCCGCGUGCACACGGCGACGUUCGAGUCGGCCAACGACGAGGACAGCCAGGAGAUCGAUGCUGAGGAGGCAAAGCACUGGCUUGACCCUGUGUGGGUCUGGCUGCGCGCGAGCGCAUCGCUCGAGGCCUGGAAGCGGCCGCCCAAGACGACGGUCAACGAUGUGCUGGCCAGCCUUCUCAAGGCUCACUUCUACUCGCUCAUGGGCGACAUGCGCGCUGUGCUGACGCAUGCGAGUGCCGCCGUGCGAGCUGGCGCCAUGCUUGGAUACGGCGACGGCUACGAGACCGACCAUGCUGCAGGCUGGACGGAGGGGGAAAAGAAGGUGCUCUGGUGCGAGGCGCUGCGCUUCGAACGCAUGAACCCCUUCGCGCUGCAGACCGAAGCUGUCUCGAGCAUUACGCCCGCAGAGGAUGAGGAGGACUAUCAGGACGAGAUCGACAUUACAGCCAAGUUCAUCGAGGUAGCAGACACGUCGAUGUUGAUCGCCAAAAGCCUUCAAGCCUCUCGCAGAUCGGGCAACCGAAUGUGGCUCGCUCAGCUUGGCAGUAACGGCUUCAACUCGGACAUUGGCUUCAGAGGGUUCGACGUCCUCGUGUCCCACAUCAACGAGAACGAGCCUCUUGUGCCAUGGCUGCAGAGCGACUACUACCGCUCGACGAGUUACGACACCGAGCGGGUCGCGCCGUACCCUCACGUGGACGGUUUCGUUCCGACGACAGAGCUGGCGGCGAUCGCUCACACUAGCAUUCUGCGCUGGCUUGUCCUCCGGCCCGUGCUGUGUGCCCUCUACGAUGAGCUGGUGGAGGCGGAGGAAGCGAGCCAUGAGGGCGAUCCAGAGAAGAAGUUCGACGACAUCAAGACGCAUCGUCACGUCUUCGCGCUCAAGGCCAUCUGGGAGCGGCUCUCGCCGAUCACCCACAACGUGCCCAUCGAUGCCUCGCUUGCGGGCUGUCUGCUUCGUAUCGUUGAGCGAAGCCCGGAGGUCGCCGUCAUGGUGCGCAGCUACGCGCAGGCACUCGUCAGCGAGGCAUGGAGUCUCGUGCUCUUCGCCGUCGUCUUCGACGACAGAGACACCAACCGAGCUGGUGUUUCGUGGCAGGAGCAGCAUUACACGGCGCACGGCUUCGACUAUCUGGAGCUGGCCGAGCGCUUCGACGAUGUCGUCGCCCUCCUCGGCGGUGCCGCUGGCUCGCCCGACGUCGGACAUGCCGUCGCGCACUUGAAUGGCGCGGCGCGUGCGCUGCGCGCUCUUGCGCGUGUGCGCCCCGUGCCCGACGGUCUCGACAGCGACCGCGAUCAGUGGGGUCACUACGCAGAGAAGCCUGAGGCAGCGGUGUUCGAACAGCUGCUGGGCCGCGUGCGUCUCGCCAAGCCAAUACUCGAGGACUUCAAGCCGCUGGAGCACCUGCUCGCCGGCAACAUCCUUCUCGAGGUGCCGGAGUUCGAGGUGCCUGACGCGGACGAGCAGCUCUGA